GCCCACCAACACUGCUACUAAUCUACUCCCCGCAUUGUCAGGAUCACGCAGCGAGCCAGCUCGGUUUGCGUCGCCCCAAUUUAUCGCGUGUAGGACGUGACUGCUAGCGGUGGGCUCGCGUUUUCGGCCGCUUGAUACCGCUGGAAUAACCGGGUAGAUUCGUUCGCUUUGAGAAAUGCGAGGCAGGCGUAAGUGAUGGAGUUGGCUGACUAAGGACGACGACGACGACAUGGGCGGAGCGGCACAUGACCCGCGCGUCCAUUGCAUACUCUGGGUGCAGCACAUCUAGCUGUAUCUAAGCUGCAACUGACGUCUAGUGUGAAAUAGUGAAACUGCGGGAGUGAAGCUGUCGGUGGCGCACUCGCCGUGUAGCGGAAUUACCUUACAGCGGAAUCAUCCUGUAGCGUCAGUCCGCCAUGACGGUGCGAGUCAAACUGCAGCAGCCGGGAUCCUCCUUCGCCUCCUCCCUGACCGCACUCUUCCCCGUCCAUCCCGCGUCGUUCUUCUCCAACCGCCCCGUGCGCCUCGUCUUCGUCGGCUCGCUCCUCCUCUGCCUCUGCAUCCUCCUCUCCGACCUCCUCCUCCAAUCAAGCGACGACACGUCAGCCGCGCCCGGCGCCGCGUCGCCUGCCGUCGCCGCCGCUGUCGCGUCCGGGCGCUACCCGACGAGGCUGUCCCCGCACGACACGCUGGGGCGAUUCAGAGGAGAGGCGCGCGGAGGGGGGGGAGCGGAAGGCGGAACGAUAGGGGGAGCGGAAGGGGGAGCAGCGGGGGAUGGUAACGAGUCUGUGCGAAUACUGCACGCGGAGAUCGCCCGUUACAGGGAGGGCCAGAAUGCCGUGAUUGAACCAGGCUUUGAUAGUAACGGGGGGAGAGGGGACGGGGGGAGGUCGGUGGUGGGAGGGGAGGGGGAACGGGGGGAAAUGGGCGGAGCCAGGGUUAGGGGAGAGGGGGAAAGUGGGGGAGGAGUGGAAGCAGCAGCAAUGGAUGCUUUCAUUCCUUCUUUAUCUGACGGAGACGGCGACACGUCAGAGGAGGGCUUGGCUGAGUCAGCAUCUGAUGGAGACACGUCAGCAGCAGACGGGCCGCAGGAAAGCGCAGCAUCGUCAGCGGAAGAGCAAGCUUCAGCUCUGCUUGCUGCUGAUUCGGGGACAGGCUCGGGAGCAGCAGCGUCUACAGGCACAGGCGCAGGAUCAUCCGCAGUGUCGCAUGCAGCAGGACCCGCGUCAACAGCAACAUCAGCAACAUCGGCAGCAGCGGCAGCAGCAGCAGCGUUAGCAGCGAAGGAGCUAGCCACGUGCAAGUCAGCGCUGCAGCAGUGCCGGGCGGACCUAGUCAGCUCAGCCAAGAGCGAAACCAGCAGCAGUAACAGCAGCAGCAGUAACUGUAGCCCUAGCCCUACUCCCCCUGCCAGUAGCGACAGUAGCACCACCACACCCCCCGCCUCUUCCCCCCCCUCACCCCCCGCCGCCCCCCCCGGUUGGGAGCUACAGGCGGGGUCCAUCCCCUCGGGCCCGCUGUCCGCCAUCCGGGAGAAGAUCGAGGAACUCAACAGCAAGCUGGACGACGCCAGGUCAGCACUCGCCCAGUCCGAGAAGGAGCGCGCGCAGCUGGCUGCUGAGCUGGCACAGGCGCACGGGAGCGGAGGGGGAACGGGGGGAGCAGGAGGAGCAGGAGGUGGAGCGGCAGGGGGAAGGGCAGUGGGGGUGGCAGGGGCGAGUGCGGCGAGUAGGUCCCCUGGGUUUGGGCUAUGCAUGGCGUCGACAGAGGAGAUGAGGCGGUAUUUGAACUACAGCAAGCGUGCUGCCUGCCCCGACGACUGGCGCUUCGUGGAGCAUCUCCGCUUCGCCCGCAACUGCCUGCACCUGCCGCGCCGCCGCUGCCGGGCUACUGCGCUCACGCCGCUGGAUUUUCAAGAGUAUACUCUUGGUUUCCCCGCGGCGGUGUUUGUGCAGGAGGCGCUACGGGACGAGAAUGUGCGGUGGGGGGAGGGGAUGAAGUGCAGGUCGUACAAGGAGUGUGUGGAGGUGAAUGCGGUGGAAGGGGCGGCGUGCAAGGGGUGCUUUGACGUGCAGUCGGAGCGACACUGGUGGGACAAGAGCAUCGCGGGGACGAUUCCCCUCGCAGCGUUUCUCAAGCUGAAGUCUCCGGGGGCGCUGAGAAUUGGGCUGGACGUGGGAGGCGGCACGGGGGGAUUUGCAGCGUUAUUAGCGCAGCACAAUAUCACUAUAGUGACGACGGGGAUGAACACGGAUGAAGGGAAGGAAGACGAGAAGGCAGUUCCUUACAUGCAGACAAUAGCGCAGCGGGGCCUGGUCCCUCUCUACCUCCCACACUCCGCCCCCCUCCCGUUCUUCGACAACACUCUGGAUUUAAUCCACACGUUAAAUAGCGUUAAGUACCCGCAUCUAGCUGAGUUUGAAGCGAUGCUGUUCGAGUGGGACAGAGUGUUGAGACCCGGGGGGCUGUGGUGGAUCGAGCUGUUUUACGCACCGGAGAAGGAGAUGAAGGCAUAUGUGCGGGCACUGGAGGGGUUUGGGUACGGCAGGAGGUACUGGAGCCUGGUGAAGAAACAGGGCAAGUCGGAGCGGACGGGGAAGCACCUGUUUCUGACUUGUGUGUUGGAGAAACCACUCAAGAUUUAAGAAUGAAUGGAGGUGGGUGAUUCGUAGUGGGUGAUUGGGGGUGAUUGGAAGUGAUGGAGGGGCUUGGGUAUGGCAGCAUCUUCUGAAUUGUCACGUGAAAGGUUACUGUAAGAUGUGAGUGCUGCUGGUCCAAGUAGUGUGUCUUGGGCUUGUGUGAGUGUCACAUGCCAUACCGGUAAUUAUUCGUGUGGCGGUUGUUAGAAUAACGCAAUGAAUAGAAGGAAGACGGAACAAGGGAGAUAUAGGGCUUGGUUUGUACUCUCUAAGAACACACACAUAUUCUAGCCUAUAAUUUCUACAUGCA